AUGUCCACAACCAGUUCUUCUCCAACCGUCAACGUCGAGGUAUCGGAUCUACCCAGCUUUCCUAAAAUCUGGGAAAGCCAUCCUAUCGAGCAUGAAGUCUUCUCAGAGGACGGUAGUGUCCGACUACGAGUUUGCCGGGGUGGGAUCUUCAUCUCAGCGACUAAUGGCUGGCUUACAAUUUCACAGUACUUCAAAGUCAAACUUGAUCUCUGUGUGGAAGAAAGACAGAUCGGUCAACUCACCUACCGCCUAGUCAAUGGAAAUUACAUUGAUGAUUUCCAUGAAGAACUCGAGUCAUCUGGCAUGGGAGGGCAGCAACUCGAGUCCCUAAGCAGCUUCCUCUUUAACGCCGAUGGAACGCUACGGGAAACAUGGCGCAUUGGGGUCCAGUCUGGCACCAGAAUCUUUGGCCCAGAACUCAGCGCCAAAAAAACUAAGUUCGCUCUGCUCGACUGCUGCGACAACCCUUUCCCCGGCGACUACCUCGUGAUAGAGGACGCGAUUCGUCGCCGUGGAAUUGCCUCGUGGGCGGUGCAGCGCCUGUUCGAACAAUUGCGUGCAGAGGGGGUAAAAUAUAUACUGACUUGGCCAUCAGUUCCCCGCAUAAAUCCCGACCUGCGCGGGAGUGCCACGGAAGAACAGCUCCUCCAGCGCAACCUGGCCUUUGUGCGAAAAGUGGGAUUUCGUAGAGUUGGCCUUUCUCCAGUAUUUGCCUACAUGUUGCUCGAUGAUAACCAUCCCUCUCGUACUUUGCCUAAGGAUCAUGACAUGAAUCCUCCACGUCCGCUUUGA